GAGUACGUGGCGGCGCGGGGUUAGCUUACUUACGUUUGCGAAAGUGGUGGGAAUUGGGAAGCACCUGUGAAAAUAAACGAUCUGCCUUUUCUCUUACCCCUCCCCUCCCUAUUCUGGGCACUGUUGAGUCUAGUGUCUCUGUAUAAAUAUAAAAGGAGGUGAUGAUAUGAUUUCGUUAUGCAGAGGUUGACGUGGUUGUCUCUAAGGCAGUUGCUUUAUCAGAUGGCAAAGAGACCAGAGUUGUUAUGCGGAGCCAUCGCCUUGAGCUGCACAAUCGUUGUCAUCUUAAAAUUUACGUGCAGCCGUGCAACAGAUGUCAUAUUCCCACCUCCUCCACCAGUACGCUUUUUCUCUGCAAGCUCUCCAGUUAUUGAUUUGUACCUGGGGCAGCUGGAACAGGCAGAUGAGAUUCGUUUGGAAUCUGAGGUUUCACUGCUAUUCUUUUAUGCCCCCUGGUGUGGACAGUCUAUCAUGACACGCAAUGAGAUUGAAUAUGUGGCAACGAAGCUGUCUAAUCAGGUGCUCUUUGUAGCUAUCAACUGCUGGUGGAAUCAGGGAAAAUGCAGAAAACAGAAGAACUUUGUCUACUACCCUGUGAUACAUCUGUACUACAGAAGGUUUGGCCCCAUUGAGUAUAAAGGCCCCCUUACUGCUGCCUAUAUAGAAGUGUUUGUUCGACGUGUCAUGAUUCCACUUUGCUACAUCCCAUCCCAGAGAGGACUGUGGAAUUUCUUAAUGCAUUACGAGCCUGGAGUUAUUGGAUACUUUGAAUUCAAUGCCUCACCACAGCCUCCUGGUUAUCUAACAUUCUUCACUGCAGCAUUGCAUACAUUGAAGCAAGAUCACCUUGGAACUGUUCGUUUUGGUGUGAUUACAGACAAGCAAAUUGCAAGUGAAAUCUCCUUGACGCAGCCUGGAAGUAUGUACCUGCAUAGACAUUUCAACACUUCCCUUGUCUUUCCUUUUGAUAAAGUGAACUUUACAGCACAGAAUGUUUACAAAUGGGCUAUAGAAAACCGAGAGACAGUACUGCACUGGUUAAGACCUCAUGGAGGCAAAAGCCUCCUGUUUCACAAUGAGCUAAAGAAGGGUGCUGUUUUAUUGAUGUUUCUGCCAUUUAAUCCUUUGGAGGAGAACCAACCCCUCUUAGAUGAGAUCACAGAAGUGGCACUGCAGUACAGCAGCUGCAAUAAGAGUCAGCUAACUUUACACCAAGGGGAUUCGUCACCACUGACUCCUGCAGAACUGGCUGAGCCAUUUCCUCUGAUCAAGUACCCCUGCUGUAACACAGUCAUUCUUCCCCAGUUGCACACCAUAUCAAGGACUCAUAAUAUCUGUGAUCUCUGCAUUAACCAGACGGUAGGAGUUCGACCUAGCAAGUUCAACAUACACCUGUGUACCUUCUCAGAGAUGCUGGCUGCUUUAGAUGCCUUCUACCUCAAGGAGCACCUAUUUGCAAAGGUUAUCACAAGCAGCAUUAAAUGCAACAAUUUUCCCACUUUCUACAGUCCUUUCAGCUAUUACACUGCAUGCUGCAAGACACUGAGCAAGGGGCUGAUUGGUGUCCACUCUGGUCAGACUGACAUUCUAUUCUCUUCCCAUGGGAAGGAUCAUGCUGGAGAUUCCUACAGGCACUUCCCUCACAUUGAGGGGGGUACGUCUCCUGAGAUUUUCUUCAGAAACACCAGUGUUUGGGGCUUGAAAUGUAGGACUAACAAGACAUUAAGCUUUCAUCUCUUGGACUCAAAUCUGCACUGGGAAUUUGCAGUUCGGCUUGGAGCCAGCAGGUCUUCACCUGUAAAGAACUUUGCUGCUAUUGUGGAUGUAAAACAGGAGGUUCAGUACAUCAUGGACCAGAAUCAAGUGUUUACGAAACCCACACUAGAAGCAUUUAUUCAGAACUAUAGUAAUCUGUACAGUCCCCUGAAAAGGCAUCUUGUCAGCAGUUUUGUUUCCCAGUCGCAGUCAGCCCUUCUGAUUUCUGAAGUCACCAGUUCAACUUUUCGCAGCAUUGUGCUGGAUGAUGAAAAGAAUGUUCUUCUGCUCUACUAUUCUCAGAGAUGUGGCAUCUGUGGUGCCCUUAGUCAUGUCUUUAUCCAUCUAGCCCGACUUUUACAACCAACUAAGGACUUUGUAGUAGCCAGAAUUAAUGUUGACCAAAAUGAUCUUCCCUGGGAAUUUAUGGUGUAUCGUCUGCCAACCAUCUUGUUUUUCCCCCAGAAGAGGAAAGAGCAAAGUGUGAAGUACCCUGAAGAAAAAGCAAUCACACUUCCAAACCUACUGAGAUUCAUUCUGGAACACUACAGAGAAACCCCUAUAUCAGCCAGUUCAUGCAACUCUGAAUGUGUCCAAGAAGAAGCAAAGCUUCAGCAAAGCAGGAUUUCCCAGUUAGAACAGGAAAUAGAAAGACUCAGAGUUGAAAUAUACACCUUGCACCAGGCACAAGAUCAGCUGGACAGAAAGCUGUCUAAGGUAAGACAGGACAAAUGGGAGAUGAAAGUUGAAAAUAAUGUAUUGAGGGGGCAAAAUGCUGACCUCCAGCUACAGAGAGAGAGGCUGCAGCAGCUUUAUGAACAAAAGAAUAAGGAAUUAGAGGAAACUGCUAUCAAACUUAAGGAGCUGGCAGAUGUGUCUGAAAACCUUCUUUCCGAAAAUACACUGCUGAGACUUGUGGUGGCAUCUAUAGGCGAACGAAUUAAGGCAAAUCAAAUGAAAGAGAAUAACUUCCCUGGUGCAGCUGGUCAGGAGCAGUCUGAAAAAAAUGAAGAGGAUAAACCAGAUGUGUAUGAAGAGGUCCUUUCAGAAAUCACUAACACUGAACCAGUCAAUAUACCUGAAAAUACAGUGGAAAAUAUGACUGACUGAAUUUGUCAUCAGUUUGGUAAAACAGUAUCAAAGACUGCAGAGACUAGACUGAAGAUGUGUUAUUUGACCUAAAAGAUAUUUAUGUACUCUUGAGAGUUACUGUAAAUAAUUUAUCCUUUUAAAAUGGUCUGGAAAAAUCAGAAUAUACAAUAUUUUUUUCUACAUUAUUACAUACUGCAGUUAACAAAGUUAUGUCUUUGAUAACAGAUUAAAAAAUAACGGGAGACGUUUAUUUUUUUACAUUUUGGUAUUGCACUGAUUUACUACAAAUUAAAUGGUGAGUUUCAGUAACAA